AUGGCAUCUAUUCUGUUUGAAGAAGUUAGCUUGGCUCCUAUACGCCGAAAGCAACUUCUCAAUAACAUAGUUGAUGGUUUGGCGAAAGUUCGCCCCGGGACCGUCUACGCGGAGAUUCCACGAUCCGCAACCAGCUACGAGGAAGGAUAUCGCAAGAUCAGCUAUGCCAACUUUGCCAAUGCCAUUAAUGGUCUCGCACAUUGGCUACACGACACUCUUGGUCACGUGGAAAACUUCCCAACUGUAGCUUAUAUUGGCCCAAAUGACUUCCGCUAUAAUGCUUUAAUGUUGGCAGCUGUAAAAGCGGGGUAUAAGAUGUUCUUUAGUUCCCCUCGGAACAGUAUACCAGCUCAUGCCAAUCUCUUCAAGAUUCUUGACUGCAAGGUCCUAAUCACAGCCAGCCCAACGCUACCCAUGGUGCCCGCCAUCAUCGAAGCCACCGGCGUAAGUUCCAUCGAAUGUCCAGACGUUGACGAACUGCUUGACAACGUUUACCCACAUUAUCCAUUCAACAAGACGUUCGAGCAAGCAAGAAAGGAACCACUGGUUGUGUUACACACUUCUGGUACAACUGGUUUCCCAAAGCCGAUAGUUUGGAAUCAUGAUUGGGUUGCUAGUUGGAGUGAUUGGCUUGCCAUCGCUCCUCCUGACGGAUAUACAAGACAGACUGCGUUGUGGACUUCGACGAGACUUUUGAAUACUUUACCUCCCUUUCAUGCUGGUGGAAUCUUUAUGACACUAUUGAAUGCAGUGUUCAAUCAGACACCACUUAUAUAUCCUUUGGCCGGUGUACCUCUCUCGACCCAGGUUGCACUAGAGGCGUUGAAAUAUGUCAAAGCAGACAGCGCUUUUUUCCCACCAUCUUUCGUCGAGGAGGUUGGUAAGAACCCAGAAAUGCUAGACUUCUUAGUUGAGAAUAUCGAUGUACUUAUAUAUGGCGGCGGAGAUGUGUCACAGGCUACAGGCAACAAGAUUUCCAAGCGGCUCAAGCUAUCCAUGCUCAUAGGAUCUACAGAAAGCGGUGUUUACCCUACCCUCUUCCCCAGCCAUAAAUGGCCAUCUGAUGACUGGAAAUACUUUCAUUUCAAUCCAAACGCUGGCAUUGAACUGAGGCCUCACUCUGAAGGUCGCUAUGAAGCGGUUUUGACACGCAAUCUUGACCCGGAGAAAGUAGAACCGAUCUUCUCAGUCUUUCCGUCACUGAACGAAUGGGGAACUCAUGAUCUUUAUGCUCCACAUCCUUCUAUUCCAGAUAUGUGGCUAUACACUGGACGAAGUGAUGAUAUCAUUGUUCUUUUGACCGGUGAAAAAACGAAUCCUGUAAGUAUGGAGCAACAAAUUUCACAUCAUCCUGAAGUACGAGGCGCUCUUGUUGUCGGUACUCACCGCUUUCAAACUGCGUUGUUGAUUGAAUUGAUUUCUCCUCAAACCCUUUCAACAUCAGAACGGGCUGAAGCGAUUGAACGUAUAUGGCCGAUCAUUCAGGAGGCAAAUCAGGAAUGUCCACGCCACGCUAAGGUUGCCAAAUCACAUGUAUUCUUCACCAGUCCUGAUAAACCUAUGGCAAGAGCUGGUAAAGGAACGAUUCAAAGACAGCCAACAUUCGAUCUCUAUGCAAAAGAAAUCGACAAUCUGUACGCAGACGCAGAGAAAAUGUCCACAUCAACUCCACUAGACAUUUCUGUUCCUGAUGCCAAGAUUGAUUUGAAGGACAGCAGCUCUAUAAGUCAAUUUGUUCAUGGUGCUGUGUCUCAGCUUGUAGGUCCAGUUGCAUUUCAAGAUGAGGAUGACCUUUUCGUUCGAGGAAUGCUGGACUCUUUGCAGGCACUUAGAUUGACGAGAACUUUGAAACAUACCUUUGCAAUCCCAGAGUUGGAAAUCACCACUCUAUACACUAAUCCCUCAGUCGCAUCUCUCACUGCCGCAAUAAUUCGUCUCUCUUCAUUACACGAGUCAUCAAAGGCAUCAAGUAUUGGUUCUAGACAGCAAGUCAUCAAUGACAGUUUGGCCGAAUACAAGACCACACUCAAUUGUGCAAAUGCUAAUGGAGCACAAUCAAAUGGUGUGAACGGCGUGCAUGAUGAAAACAAAAAAUCGGUUAUUCUCACGGGCUCUACUGGCGCUCUUGGCUCAUACAUCUUGGAAACUCUCUUGCAAACGAGCUCUGUUGCGCACAUUUUCUGCCUCAAUAGAGUUGUCGGGAAAGAACUGCAGAUGGAACGGAGUCAGGCUCAUGGUCUUCCUACCGAAUUUUCCGAAGAUCGAGUUACCUUUCUCCAUGCUGAUCUCUCCCAAGAAUCUUUCGGUCUUGAUCCCGUCCUAUUCGCCAAGAUCAAAUCCUCCGCCACAGAUAUUAUCCACAAUGCUUGGCCUGUGAACUUCAACAUUCCAUUAUCCACUUUCUACCCCAAUAUCAGAGGGAUUAUCAACUUGAUUGAGCUCGCAGCGACUGCAUCUCACAAACCUUCACUCAUGUUUUUGUCAUCCCUAAGUUCCGUCGGUAACUUCGAAGGAGAUGUCCCUGAAAUUGUCAUCAAUGAUGUCACCGUAUCUCUUCCAAUGGGGUACUCUGAAUCCAAAUUCAUCGCGGAAAACCUUCUUGCCUAUGCUGCGGAUAAAUUGCCCCAUGUACCGAUCAUUAUCGCUCGGGUUGGGCAAAUCGCAGGUCCUGUCUCUACCAAAGGGAUAUGGAAUAAACAUGAGUGGUUCCCAAGUCUUGUGCUUAGCUCCAUUCACUUGGGAAUCAUCCCCGAAUCGCUUGAUUCAACGGACCAUAGUGAGAUAGACUGGGUCCCAAUUGAUCUUGUUGCUGAUAUACUCGUGGAGCUUACGUUCCACGCUAGAUCGGAUCAGAUUGAUGGAGCCAAAGUCUAUCAUCCCGUCAACCCUGUUCUCGUUUCGUGGAAAUCACUUCUACCCACGAUAAUUGAGACUGCAACGUUCGGAAAAAGGAACAAAAUGACCACUGUGCCUUUUGCAAAAUGGAUUGAGCGCGUUCGAAAGGAUGCAGAGGACCUCCAUUCCAAGACCAAUUUCGAAGAAAUGUUGGAGAAAAAUCCGGCAAUCAAACUGCUGUCUUUCUACGAAGGAUUGGCGAAGGGAAGAGGCACAAGCAUUCUAGAGAAUAAGAGGACGGUGCAGGCAAGUGACAAGUUGCGUGGGCUACAGGGCAUUGAGGGGGCGUGGGUGGAGAAAUGGGUGCAGGGUUGGAUCCAAUAA